GACGCAUUGGCUAAGUGAUCAGAUAAACGUGGUGUACAGCGGUGUGCGCGCGAGGCUCACGCGCGUUUAAGCUCGUCGAAGCAGCACGGACACCGGCGCGCGCUCUGAACAGCGCAGCAUUGAACAGAACAGGUGUCGAUAGGCGAGAGAGAGAGAGAGAGAGAGAGAGAGAGAGAGAAAGAGGCACACCGCAACGCAACUCGAACCGAAUCCACCGAGAGCCAUGGAGAGCAUGGUGAACGUCUCAGCGCCUCUCUAUCACCUCUCCCAUCUGUCCAACAUCAGCGCCUUGUGCCCCAACUUGAGCUCCGGCGGCGGUGGGAACGAGACUCUGCCGGAGGACAGGUGUGAGCCAACCACCGACACGAACAAAGGCUCGACCCCUGUCAUCAUCGCCAUCAUCAUCACCGCGCUUUACUCCAUCGUGUGUGUGGUGGGGCUGGUGGGCAACGUUCUCGUCAUGUAUGUGAUCAUCAGAUACACCAAAAUGAAGACUGCUACAAACAUCUACAUCUUUAACCUGGCCCUGGCAGAUGCCUUGGCUACCAGUACUCUCCCCUUCCAAAGUGUGAACUAUCUCAUGGGCACCUGGCCUUUUGGGGACAUCCUGUGCAAGAUUAUCAUGUCCAUUGACUAUUACAACAUGUUUACAAGCAUCUUCACGUUGACCACUAUGAGUGUAGACCGAUACAUCGCCGUGUGCCACCCUGUGAAAGCUUUGGACUUCAGGACCCCCCGCAAUGCCAAGAUUGUCAACGUCUGCAACUGGAUCCUGUCUUCUGCUAUUGGUCUGCCAGUCAUGAUCAUGGCUUCAACUAUUACUACACUCGACUCCCAUAGUAGCGGUAUGUGCAUUGUUGACUGCACUCUUGUGUUCCCUCACCCAUCCUGGUACUGGGAGAACCUGCUAAAGAUCUGCGUUUUCAUCUUUGCCUUCAUAAUGCCUGUGUUGAUUAUCACGGUGUGCUACGGCCUGAUGAUCCUGCGCUUGAAGAGUGUCCGCAUGCUGUCCGGCUCCAAGGAGAAAGACCGCAACCUGCGACGCAUCACCCACAUGGUGCUAGUGGUGGUGGCCGUCUUCAUUGUGUGCUGGACCCCCAUCCACAUCUUUGUGAUCAUCAAGGCCCUGGUGACCAUCCCCAGCUCUCUACUGCAGACCAUCACCUGGCACUUCUGCAUCGCCUUGGGUUACACCAACAGCUGCCUAAACCCGGUGCUCUAUGCCUUCCUGGAUGAGAACUUCAAGCGCUGUUUCCGUGAGUUCUGCAUACCCAGUCCAUCAGUGCUGGACCUGCAGAACUCGAUGCGUUCAACACGCACCCGCAACCAACAGCGUGAGGCUCAGUCCAGUCCCACAGUAGACCGAACCAACCGGCAGGUAUGACUAGCAGUGGAGAUGUCAUCACUGGAUUUGCGCUGCCAGCCCAGUGUUGACAUCAACUCAGAACUCACACAAGUCACCACAGGUCUCUGAGUUCUGUCGGGGUGAAACUACCGGUCAGCUGUGAUGAUCAUGGAAAUCUCCCAUGCCAGUCUAGAUUAAUUAUAAACAGUACAUGUCACAUGCUAGCAAAGUAGUGUGACUCAUCCACACCACAUAUUCACUCAAGCUGAAUUUAGCUUCUUAGAGGUAUAGUGUACCAAACGGAAACCUUAUAUGAACACGAAGGCUUCGAGAAGCCCAGGA